UGAUGAUUCGUCCAAACAACCAUCGUUACUUCAAAAUGUUCAAGAGUCUCUUAGAGAUACAGCUUCGAGCGCCGCUGAAACGGUGAAAAACUUAAUUUGGAAUGCAACGCCAGAAAGUGAGUCGACUCCUGAACAACAGCAAGAAAUAUCCACUAAAGACAAGCAAGCUGAACAUGUUGAAAAUAUUCCAGAUUCUAUCGAGCGGCAAACACUACACGAAGUGCGUACAGAAAUCGUCGUGCAAGAAAAGAAAGAGAUUGUUCGAUCGUUCGAUGGCGAUGAAGGCGUAGUGGACAAACUUAAACAAGCUGUUAGCACAGGUGACACAACAAAACCGGGCAUCGGUCAUGCCACAUCGUUAUCUACAAGUUCGGAUCAACAACCAUCUUUACUUCAAAAUGUUCAAGAGUCUCUUAGAGAUACAGCUUCGAGCGCCGCUGAAACGGUGAAAAACUUAAUUUGGAAUGCAACGCCAGAAAGUGAGUCGACUGGUGAACAACUAGAACAACAACAAACAUCCACUAAAGACAAACAAGCUAAACAUGUUGACACGGAAUCAGUCUUAGCAUCAAGUGAAAAAGUGAUUCCAGGAAAAAAGAAAAAAAAAGCAAAAUCUAAAGCAAAAUUAAGCCCAGAUUCAUCACAUAUUAUUGAUAAAGAAGAAAAACCACAAAAAGCAACUAGCGAUUUAAUACAACACGAGCAAUCAAAAGAUGAAAGCGUUCAUAUUCAGAGUGUAUCGG